UUAUGGUUAGAGACAGGAUGUUCAACUGAGGAUACGACUAAAGGAUGAAGAAAAUAAAGAACACAUUGUAAAACUUUACAUGAAAUAAAUCUGUAAAUAAACCAGGCCGUAUGUGUAGAAACAAUAAAAAAGCUAUACACAAUGUCGCUGAAGAGAAAAGAUGCGAUGCGGUCAAAGAGAAACAGACAGGCUAUGGCUUUCACGGAUAAAGAGCACGAAAAGAUUAACAUUCUGGUCGAAAAAGUUGAAUCCAAACACGAGGACAAAAUCCACGAAGUUAAAAAGAUGGUGACUGAAGUUACAGGAAUAAUGAAAGAUAACAUCGAGAAAGUUGUUGAAAGAGAAGGAAAACUGAAUACCUUGGAGGUCAGGACAUCAGAGUUAGAGCUAUCGACAUCAGGAUCUGCUGGUCCUUCAACAGACGAAGGGCAGACUGAUAUGUUAAGCUGUAUGAACCAGAAUCAAAGCCAAUCUUCAGAGGAAGUGGUUUACAGGAGGAAAAGGAAGCAGAUUUCGGACGAUAAUCGACUAAAAGAAAGGAGCACCGAAGAAAAUUGUAAAGAGUGUGUGGAAACAGUUCACCAAGGAGAAACUUUAUCAAAUGAUCAAAAGAAGUUUUCCGGAAAAUCGGUGACGGAAUUUGAAAUAUCGGAAAAUAAAGGUAACGAAACUUUUGCACCAUCGACCCCUUUGAAAAUAGACAACAGUAAUUCCUCUAGUGUAGCGACAAUUCAAAUUAACGAACAAGGUGUAUCCACAUUGAAGACCACAGGAGGAACUGAUUAUUAUGUUUCACCAAAAAAUGAAGAAACCUCUUCCAAACCAUCUAAAGGCCUGGAAAAUAAAGCAUCUGCAUUGAUGUCUCCUGUCGAGAUUGAUAUAUAUUCUUUUCCAAGUUUAUAUGGAGGUAAGGAUGACUUAUGCAGUUCUCCAGCACGUGCAGACAACGAAAAUAAACAGAAUCAAAAUGGAGAAGUUCUGAGGCGAAGUCGAAAUUCAUCCGAAGAUAUGACCAGUAAAUCAAAUCCACUGCAAAGGCACAAUGCUAUGAAAUCACGGAGAAAUCGUUCUGGUGUGGCAUUCUCGGAUACUGAGAAACUUAAUAUUAUCAGCAAUGCAGAGCAGAUCCAGAGCCAAACACCCUCAGAAGAAGCUGGUCGUAGGAGAAAACAAAGACAUGUCUCAGACGAGGUUCGUCUGCAAGUUCAAGAGGCCAAAACAUCAAUGGAAGAAAAUAUCAAAAAGGCAGAAAAAACUGAGAAACUCCUAGAUGAUAUUAACAUUUAUGGUCCGUCCAAAGUGACAAAGAGUCGAUCACUGGAGGACAUUGGUAAGGAAAAGACAACUCCUAUGAAAGAGGAACUGAGGCCAUCAUCAGAUGGUAUUGGCUCUACAAAGUCGUCAGCAUUACCAGUAACCGAAAAGGCAGAAUUAAUAAAAGAAACUGAUGCUGGUCCUAAGCCUGAAAAUAAACGGAAGAAGAAAAAACCUUUAACAUCAUCAGUAGAAGAGUCUGAGUCAAAAAUUGCGUUUGUAAAAAAGAAAGCAAAAAGGGCCAAAGUUUUCCUCAAAGAAAGAUUUACUGAUCACCACAAUAACACAGGAAACUCAAAAGAAUACAGAGCCAAUGAAGGUAACAGCACAACUGUGUUUUACACCAUGGAAUCCAGUGCGCCCUCCAUAACAAGUCAAACCCCUGCACCAAGCCCGCCACAACUUCAAGAAGGACAGCAAAAGCAGCAGCAAAAUCAGACGAAAAAGACAAACAUGGAGGAUCUGCGUGGUCAGGUGCGAGAAGUUACAAACAUCAUGAGAAAUAACGUAGAAGAGGUGGCAAAAAGAGGAGAAAAAUUAGAGGAACUGGAGUCGAGGUCUGGUCAUUUGGAGGAUUUGUCCAGUUCCUUUGCUAAAUGUGCAGCAAACGUAAAAAAGAAGAUGAAAAGAAGAAACCGGAAACUGAUCUGCGCCAUAGCUCUGACAAUUACAGGGAUAGUCCUGACCGUGACUGUGAUACUACUUGUUUAUUUCUUAGGAUGACCACGUUCUUGACGGAAUAUCCCAACAUCAUUUGUUACCAUUUGUUUAUUCUGUAAUUAUUCACAAGUACAAGUUGCAUUAUUCAUUACAUCUCUUAAGUUGUAAGGUUCGAGGGUCGCUUAAUAAAUAAUGCA